CCCGCAGGCGCACGCUGCGCCGUCGGCGGCAGGCAAGCUGGGGUCGCGCGCCCACCGCCGUCGUGCCGCCCCACCACCGAGCAGAGCCGUCGUCCUCCCUCGAUUCCGGCCUCCACGCGCCGCCCUCUCUCGAUUCCUCCUGCAAGAAGCUGCGUUGGCCCCUCCUCCACCUUCGCCGCCGCUCACCCGAGCGAUUCCGUCCGUUUCGCGGCCGGAACCGGCUCCUUUACCGCCGGCCGCCAUUCCUGCUCUCCUCUGCUUCCUCCGCGCGCGCUGCCGCCUUGCCCCGCCGCCGGCCAGCCCUAUCUCCAGCGGGAGCCGCGUGCCGCGCCGCCUUGCCCCGCCGCCGGCCGGCCCUGUCGCCGGCGGGAGCCGUGCGCUCGGCACGCGGAGCAGGGGAGGGUGACAAGGAGAGAGAGAAGGGAGGGGAGAGGUGGCAGAGAUAAGUGUGGACCCAACUCGUCAGUGGCUAUAGAAGGCGUGAGUAGAGUGGAUUUGAGUAGGAAAUGUAAAUGACUAGAAUAUAGAUUAUGAAAUAUAGAGUAUAACGAGUACGAAAAAUAUUGAAAUAGAGGAUAAAAUUUUAAUGAUCAGAAUAAAAAUAUUUUUUUAGAGAAUAAAUUUAGAAUAGACAAGUACGAAUAGCUUUAACAUAGCUAAAAAAAGACCCUUUUUGGUCGUUUUUCUAGAGCCUGCCUUGGGCCAGCUCCCUCCCCACUCCCGUCACCGCUCUACCCACCGAGCUCGCACCAGAGCACUCGUCCGCCGUCCUUCGCGCGCUGCUCUUCUCCUCGCGCGCCGCUCCCCGGUCCUCGUGCUCCUCCCCAUAGCACGCAGAGCGCCAUGGCAUCCGGUGGCGAGCAACACAAGGAGGCGGAGUACCGGUUCGAUUCGGCAGCAGGCUCGAUUCCUGGCGGUGGAAGGACAGGGUCGCGAGCUCGAUUCAGCGGCGCGCUCGGCAGCGAGCUCGAUUCCGGGCGUCGAGACCGCGCGCGGAGCUGGUGGGCGUCUUACUUCAUCGGCGGCGCCAGCUCGGGGAAGCCGGUUAGGCUUGAGCCGUGGAUUCGUGUCCGCGCUCGCCGUCGUGGAUUCGCACGGGGAUGCGGAGGGAGGCCGCGGCCGCGCUCACAGAGGCGUUGUGCGACGAAGACAAGUGCGUCCGCGUCCUCGUCGUGCUACUCGAGGGACGUCGCCUCCCCCUCGCUCGUCCCUUGCGCCACGCGGAGCAGCGGCCAUGGCCGCCGGCCAAGCUCUCCGGCCACCGCUGUUCCCGCCGCGUCACGCGCCCGCAGCCUGGGCCAAGCCCACCACCAUCCUCGUCGUGCCAUGCCGCAUCCGGCGCGCCACUUUCCCUGCCCCUUCUGUCGCCCAAGUGCUGCGUCACCGGAGCUGUGCCACCGCUCACCACCGGCGCGCCACUGCAUGUCGCCUUCAGCUCACGCCGUCGUCCAUGUGCACAUCCACGUACCAUCCUUCAUGCCAUCGCCUUCAGCCCACGCUCUCGUACCAACCUUACAUGUUGCCACAGCGAGCACCGAGCAGAGAGCAGAGCUGCCAGCCGGGGGUACUGUAGCCAUGAGCAAUGCCCGCCAUCUGUUCGACAGAAAGUCUCAAAGGGGAUAAACUCACCAGCCCAAGGAAGAGGUGACUGUAUGCAAGACAAGCCGACCAACCAAACACGAACUUAUCCUAGCCAGACUCAGCAGCGCAGACAACCAAACAAACAGGUCCUGACUUGCUAGAGGCAGGCUUAGUUUUGCCAGCCAGACUCCCAUAAGAAACGAACCAAACACACCCAUAAUGGUCAGCUUCAAGAUGGUUCACGAGUACUGGUUAGAUGCUUGAGGCUGAAGCCGAAGUACUCCCCCCAGAGCCUUGUCCAAUACAUGGAGAUUAUUUCUAAACUUCGGCACCGUCAUUUGGUCAGCAUCCUUGGUCACUGCAUUGUCAGUGAUCAGGAGAAUCCUAAUAUUGCCAGCUCAGUAUACCUCAUCUCUGAAUGUGUAACAAAUGGAUCUUUAAGAAGUCACCUUACUGAGUGGAGGAAACGUGAAAUGCUCAAAUGGCCCCCAACGCGUUUCUGCUGCCAUUGGCAUUGCGAGAGGGGUUCAGUUUUUGCAUAAUGUGACCGCUCCUGGGAUCGUACAGAAUAAUCUCAACAUAGAACAUAUCCUUCUGGACAAGACCCUCACAUCGAAGAUCAGCGACUUCAGUCUUCCAAUGAUUUCAACUAGCAAGAAUGGCAAAAUUUUCUCAGAGACCCCAUUUGCUGUCCAUGAAGAUAAUGAUAUUGGCAGUGCUCACAAUGCGGAACAAGGUGAUAAGCAAGACAUCUACCAGAUUGGCCUAAUUCUCCUGGAGGUGAUCACAGGCAAACCAACAGAAUCCCAAAGCCAACUGGAGUCACUGAAAGCUCAGCUAAGUGAGGCGCUGACUGAAGACCAAGAUAGGCUGAAAGACAUGGCAGACCCAGCGAUCCAUGGUACUUUUGCAGUGGACUCGCUGAGGACGGUUGCCGAGAUAGCCCUCAACUGCACGGCUAGUGACCCAAGCGACCGACCUUCCAUUGACGACGUACUCUGGAACCUGCAGUACUCCAUGCAAGUAACUUUGACUGCCCUGUUUGGUUCUCUGCGCUAAUGAGUGCUAGGAAACUUUGACCGCUAAUUACGGUGUUAAAUAAAGUCAGUUUACAAAACCAACUUCAGAACUCCUGCGCUAGGAACCCUGAAGAAUCUAAUGAGGCCUUUGACCGCGUAAUUAGAGGAUGGUUACUAUAGCAUCAAUGUAGCCAAUAAUCGAUUAAUUACCGUCAUUAGAUUCGUCGCGAAAAGUUAUAUCCAUCCCUAAAAAUAUUUUACAAAUAGAUUUCAUUUAGCACUCCAUGCAUGCGAGAUUCUUUUCUCGGCUUGUGUGCGCUAGGAGAACCAAACAGAGCCAGGAUGGGUGGGCGAGCAGCGAGAGCUUAGGCUUGAGCGUCAAAUCGCAGGCUUAGAUAAAGGCGCAGUGAUUUUGCUCCUAUACAAAUGAUAAGUAUGAAGCUCUAUGCACCAUCACGCUGCCUCUAGUUUUCCUUUUUCUUUGCGGAAGAGGGUCGUUGGUAUAUUCUCUACUGUAUAUAUAUGGGGACCUUACCUUUUUCAGGAUUUUUUUAUGGCACCUGUAAAACUCAGGCUCUAUUAAACAUCGACGCCAUGGGCUUAGAGUUCGUCCACUCACCAGCACGCCAUGAGCUUAAGACUUCGUCCACUCACCAGACAUGUGCUGGCAUUUUUGCAGCAGCACACAAGCAGUAGUUAUAUUGGGAAUUACAGGCUGAAUUCUUUGAAACAAACCCCUUACUAAGGUUAGCAAAAACUGAAAGAAAAAAAGAUUUUAACUCCAGACGUUUGGCUGCGCUUCUCCAAUCUUUUUGUAUAGCUUGAGCAUCAUGUAUAUAAAGGAUCUAGGUGAUGCCUAGAGGGGGGUGAAUAGGCGAACCUGUAAAAAACCUGAAAAAUUCUUCG